AUGGUACCGAUGGUCAAUCCACCGCUCCCUGAGCAACUUAGGACUGAUACUCUGAUGGGAUUUUUAGAAGCCCGAUCGUCGAGCAACUGCGUAGCCACUUCGAGUCGCCUCACUGCCGUGAGUCUAGCGCGUCAACAACUGAGCGACUGCAAGCAAGGACGACGUGAAUUUGCAGAUAGACUUGAACAAAUUGUCAAAAAAGUAACGCGAGGCCAGCCUAAAGCAACCCAAAACGAGCGACUCUUAGACGAAUAUCUUGACCGCUUAAAACCUGAUGUCUGGAGCAGCCGUCUGGCUAGCGACUCGAAAGAGUUCGCUCUCUCAUUCUCUCUGUCUAGCUCUUCUAUCCUUGAUCGUGGUUACUCUCUCAUCUUCACGGAUCAGAGCUAUGCCAUUGGAACUUUCUUUUCUCACCGUUCCAAACGAGCGACUAGCUCCUUCAUACACCAACAGGUCGGUCUCGCAUCCACCAAUCAGCUGGCAGCACGACGGCUGGCUGUCGAGGACAGCAUGCAAGAAUCCAUGAGUAGCGCCUUUCAUCACGCAAUUCGACACCAACCCUGCGGUGGCUAUACGCAAUGUUUUGCAACGCAGCGAUAUCGAGUCUACCUUCUUUGGCAACAGUAUCGUAGUAUACUAGGUCCUGUGCUUCUCUCUCACCGUCUAUUCACUGUCGCCAUUCAAUAA